AUUGCGAUAAAUGCAUUUCUAAGCAGCCCCACCUUCAAGUAGCAAUUUGGUAAAAAAGAAAGUAAGUCACUAGAUGCAAACCACUACUUGUCUAACCCUACGCCAGUAGUUGCAACGCUAGCACAUUUUCUUGUGACGUUCGUGUGGUUUUCUAAUAUCAAGCCGAGCGUAGGUACUUUACUGGUUUUCGACUAAAUUGAUUAUUAAUUGUUACAAGGAAAUUGUCUUGUCAGUGAACAAAAUUGUGUCGAAGUGUCGUGAACAGAGAGGAACUUUUAAAAUUCAAUAUGUCAGAAGAUUUAAACAGUUACCCAGACAGAGUUGCCGAUCUCUAUGAGGGCAAGACGAUAUUUGUUACCGGAGGAACCGGAUUCAUGGGUAAAGUUUUAGUAGAAAAAAUGCUCAGAUCGUGUCCUGGAAUAAAGAAAUUGAUUUUAUUAAUAAGAACAAAAAAGGAUAAAAGACCAGAGGAAAGGAUUAGAACUAUUAUGGAUGAUCCGUUAUUCGAGUUACUGAAAAAAAUAAGGGGACCGGACAUUAUUAAAAAAGUCAUAGCAGUAGCAGGAGACGUAAGCCUUCCCGACUUAGGAUUAUCAAAAGAAAGUAGAGAACUUAUUAUAGAGGAAGCAGAAAUAAUAUUCCACUGCGCAGCAACUAUUAGAUUUGAUGAAUCCCUGAAGAAGGCCGUGCUACUGAAUGUUAGAGGAACGAAACUCAUGUUAGAAUUAGCAAAAGAAUGUAAAAAAUUAAAAAUAUUUUCACAUAUGUCCACAGCUUACUGCCAUCUUCACGAAAGAGUUUUGUAUGAAAAAGUAUAUCCACCGCCAGCUGAUCCUUAUCAUGUAAUAAAAACAGUAGAAUGGUUGAGUGAUGAUAUCAUAGAUGUAAUUACUCCCAAAAUUUUGGGCGAUAUUCCGAACACAUAUGCGUUCACAAAAGCUUUGGGAGAAGCCUUAGUCGCAAACGAAAUGGAUAACUUACCAGUAGUAAUUUUAAGGCCGUCUAUAGUAAUUCCUGUUUGGAGAGAACCAAUACCUGGAUGGACAGACAAUAUAAAUGGACCCGCAGGACUAUUAAUCGGAGCAGGAAAGGGAGUUAUCCGAACUAUGUACUGCAAUUCUGAUGGAUAUGCCGAUUUUCUCCCCGUAGACAUUGGAGUUAACGCUAUGUUAGUUAGUACAAUGGAUUAUCUCACUUUUGGUACGCGUAGAAUCUACAACUUAACCAGUUCGUCAGAAUAUAAAAUCUCUUGGUCAGAAAUUAUAGAAAUAGGAAGAACAGUGAUAGAAACUAAAAUGCCAUUAAACAAUGUUGCUUGGUAUCCAGGAGGAUCCAUGAAGACAUCUAGGUUGUUACAUAACAUUUGCUUUUACCUGUUUCACAUGCUGCCAGCAAUCUUUGUAGAUGCUUUGUUGAUGUUGCUAGGAUACAAGCCAGUGCUUAUGCGUGUCCAAAAGAGGAUAAUAAAAGGUUUCGAAGUAUUUGAAUAUUAUGCCAAUAAUCAAUGGGACUUCGUAAAUGAUGAUUCGCUCAAGGCUCGAUCAAUUCUUAAUCCAAGAGAGAGGGAAACGUACAAAAUCGAUGGCCAAGGUAUAGACUAUGUGGAUUAUUUUACUAACUGUGUCCAUUGUACGAGAUUGUACAUCUUAAAAGAAACUGACGAUACCAUACCUGCGGCUAAGAGGCAUAUGAAAGUAAUGUGGGUAGUCGACAAACUAUUUAAAUUAUUCUUCGUUGUGGGAAUGUUGUACUACAUGUGGACAAAAAUAAUGAAGCCUUUAGUCAAUUCAUACUUGAAACUUUGAACAAUUUUUUUAUACGCUAUAAGUUACUACUUUUUAAAUAGUUUUUGCUAGAUCCGGCAAGAAUUGACAGAAAACUAAUUAUUGGACUGGGUCCAGUGAGUGAAAUUUGUAAAAGUUAUACCAAACAUUUAUUUUUCUAGUUAAACAUUAUGGAGUCAUUUAAAUAAGAUAUUACAAAAUUAAUUUAUAAUUUUUGUACAUGUGAUUUAUUGACAAAUAUUCUUAUUGGUAUGUAAUGCUGCAAAAUGAAACUUAUUAAACCAGUUUUUUUUUGUAUAUUUUCUUUUUAUUUAAAAUUAUUUUGUCUUGUUCUAUAAUUGCGUACCUUAGAAAAUUAGAUUUACAUGAUAUUUGUAAUAUAUUAGUUUUUUUAGUUUUAAUAUUUUAUUAUUUUACACAUUUUUUUUUGUAUAAAAAUAAAAUUUAUUCAUUAA